UUGUUGGAAUAGGACAGAAUCCAGUGCUUGAAGUCAAAGGUGAAACAUCAUUUACGAUUCAACCAUUACACUCAGAUCAACCAACUUUUACGGUACGAGCUAUUGUCAUGGAAGCUCUCACCCAUAAAAUGCCUUCAGUAGAAAUACCUUCUUUUGUCAAAGCUAACCUCAAGCACUUGGUUCUAGCUGACAGUGACUUUGAUAAACCCGGUGACAUUGAUCUUUUGUUAGGCGCAGAUAUUUUCCAUAGCAUUUAUAAUGGUCAACGACUUGAAGUAGGCCCGGGUCUACCGGUAGCCCUACAUAGUGUAUUCGGCUGGGUUAUCACGGGCAGGCUCGACGCUGAGUGUUCGCCUCCAGCUGAAACGUCUACACUUUUGGCUUCCACAGCUGCCUUAGACAAUGUGGUCAAGCGAUUCUGGGAGGUAGAAGAGCCGCCUAAGCAAACGAUUGUCAACCCGGAAAAUGAAAAAUGUGAACAGAUGUACACAGACCUCGUUCGACGCAACGAAGAUGGAAGAUAUGUAGUACCUAUGCUACUCAAGGAAGAACAUGAGCAGUUAGGAGACUCUCAUCGCACGGCCUUAUCCAGACUUCAUAAUUUGGAGAAACGGUUCCUUCAUCACGAAGACCUGAAACACGAUUAUGGAGAAUUCAUGCAAGAGUAUCAAGACUUACAUCACAUGCAUCAAGUUGAACCUUCUGAUACAGAUUUUAGAUAUUUGAUUCCGCAUCACUGCGUCAUCAGACCUGACAGCACGUCAACGAGACUGCGUGUAGUUUUUGACGCCAGCGCGAAGACAUCUAGCGGCAUGUCUCUUAACGAUAUUGUCUACACAGGUCCAAAACUUCAAAACGAUAUCGUUGAUAUUAUUACAAAAUUUCGUUUACACAAAGUAGUCUUCACAGCCGACGUUUCCAAAAUGUAUAGAAAUAUUGAACUUCGUCCUGAGGACCGCAAGUAUCAACAUAUCCUGUGGCGUAGCUCAACUUGUGAAGAAGUCCGUGAAUAUGAACUUAAGACUGUGACCUACGGCGUGAGCAGUUCACCAUUUUUAGCCAUCCGUACGCUACACCAGCUAGCAAACGAUCACGGUGCAUCAUGGCCGGAAGCUGCUUCCAUUCUGCGUCAUGACACGUUCAUGGAUGACGUCACCGCUGGCGCUCCUUCAGUUGAAGCUGCCUUAAAUCUGAAAGACGGAAUUAUUAAUUUGCUGAAUUGUGGUAAAUUCGAACUACGUAAAUGGAGCAGUAACUCACCUGAGUUCCUUGCACAACUUCCUUCUGAACAUUGUCAAGUUCCAAAAUCAUUUUGUGACGAUCAAAACAUACAAACUUUAAAAAUAUUAGGUCUGCAAUGGGACCCGAAUCUAGAUCUUUUUACUUAUUCUCAAUCUGAAUUCACUCCAAAAUUUACAAAGCGUUCCAUUCUUUCUAAUGUUGCUCGCAUUUAUGACCCAUUGGGUUGGUUAACUCCCAUGGUGCUUAAAGCUAAAUUGAUUCUUCAAGCCUUGUGGAAACUUCAAUUAAAUUGGGACGAUCCUGUGCCAGACAGUAUUGCUCAUCAAUGGACUGAGUUUGUCUCUGAGCUCAGUUACCUCAAACAAGUACAAAUUCCUCGUCAUAUUCUGCCCUCAGACGUAGUAGAAUGCCAGCUCGUUGGUUUUUGUGAUGGUUCAUCCAAAGGUUACGGUUGUUGUAUUUAUUUAAGAUCUGUCUGUAGAGGUAAAAUUUCAGUUAAAUUAUUAAUCGCGAAGUCGAGAGUAGCUCCCAUAAAACCAGUUACGAUUAAUCGCCUCGAACUUCUUGGUGCAGUACUUCUAGCUCGGGUCUUGAAACACAUGGCUGACUUGUUAAAUCCACACCUGAAGCUCUCUCGAGUGAUUGCCUUCACUGAUAGUAGUACAGUUUUAUCUUGGCUUAAUACUGAACCUUAUAAAUUAAAGACCUUUGUUUCGCAUCGUGUAGUUAAAAUUACCGAUCUCGUACAGAUUCAAAAUUGGUAUCACGUAUCGACCUCCGAUAAUCCAGCUGAUCAUAGCAGUCGUGGGUUGUCAUGUUCACAGCUGAUCGCUUCUGAUACCUGGUGGUCAGGUCCAUCUUGGCUUUCUCUAGAGACUUCAGAAUGGCCAGUUUCACAGGACGUAUACGUGCCACCUGGAGGUGUGCCUGAGGUGAAGAGCUUGCCUGUGAUAACUCAUUCCGCGGACUUAGUGCCUUUAUAUGAGGGUCCGAUUAAAAAAUUAUUAAGUCAUUAUUCUUCAUUUUCACGUGUCCAAAGAGCAUUAGCUUGGUUGUUGCGAUUUAGUAAAGUCUUAAGAAAACUUACUUUCAAUUGUAAAACUUUGACUGUGGAGGAAUUAGAAAAUUCAUUAUCCCUGCUUGUUCAACACGAGCAGACGGAAUACUUUGCUAAUGAGAUAGAGUCAGUAAAAUGUGCAAGGACUUGUUCACGUCCUAUUCAAAAACUUAAUCCCUUUCUCGAUCACCGAGGACUCUUGCGAGUGGGGGGGCGUUUAGUAAAUUCAAAACUUCCACUCUCUGAAAUUUACCCUUUGUUGUUACCAAAAAAUUCACGACUGUCUGCACUUAUAGUUGACUAUUUUCAUAAACUUCAUCUUCAUUGUGGACCUAGAAUGUUGCAGUCUAUUAUAAGUCGUAGAUUCUGGAUUUUGGGUAUUCGCAAUUUAAUACGAUCGCGACUUUCCAAGUGUGUAACGUGCUUCAAAGUAAAUCCCACAUCAGUUUCACCUAUAAUGGGAAAUCUACCGGCACCCCGAGUACAACCUUCACGAUGUUUUUCAAAGAUAGGGAUAGAUUUCGCAGGACCCUUCAUCGUGAAAGAGAGUAAAAGGCGUAAGGCGCCUGUUUACAAGGUGUACGUCUGCGUGAUGGUAUGUCUCGCAGUAAAAGCGAUCCAUCUUGAGCUAGUUACAGACUUGUCGACAAGUGCAUUUAUCGCAGCUCUGGACAGAUUCGUAUCACGCCGUGGUCUUUGUCAACUUAUUAUCUCUGAUUGUGGUACAAAUUUUGUCGGGGCCAAGCGCUACUUAAGCGAGGUUCACCAGUUUCUUUCCACUCAGGAGUCAGAACUUAAUACUGAGUGUACAAAGCGUAAUAUCGUGUGGCAACAUAAUCCACCAACUGCUAGCCACUUUGGCGGUAUUUUUGAAAGUGGUGUUAAGUCGAUGAAGUACCACCUUAAACGAGUUGUUGGCUUACAAGUGCUAACGUUCGAAGAGAUGUUGACUGUGCUGAAUAAAGUAGAAGCCGUCCUUAACUCUCGGCCGUUAUGCGCUUUGUCUAGCGAUCCCACUGAGGUAGAUGUCUUGACACCGGGUCAUUUCAUCACUGGUGGUCCUUUGGUAUCAUUACCGGAGAUACCGCUUACAGAUACGUAUUGGCCGCCUAAAGAGCGAUGGCAAUUGUUGCAAAAAAUGACACAGAGUUUUUGGAAAGGAGAUUGCCACGGGGCAGGUCCCUUUUGUGGUAUCGUGUGCCUGAAUGGAAUAAUAACCUAAAAAUAUUGUUUAUUUUUUUGUUUCCAAAUUAUUUUUUAUACAAUUUCUUUCACCCUGGGAAUAAAGUUAAAAUUAAUUAAUAGUUAAACAUUACGUCGACAUCCGUUUGAUUGGUAAACAAAAAAAAGUUGCCAGAUAUCAAAUAACUAUUGAAAAUUACGUAUUUUAAUCAAUAGAGUAAUCGAUAUCAAAACAAAACAGUUAUUAAAAAUAAAAAAAUACAAUUAUUUUUAAUUAUUAUUCUAACUAUAUUCAUGAUAAGUCUAUAUUGUUGAACAGAUAAGAUAAGAUAGAUAAGAUAAGAGCGAUUUUAAAUUAAAAUAAAAGCCUUACGUAAUUUAAAAACUUAAAUCGAUUUAUUAAUGAUUAAAUAUAAUUGCUCUGGCAACAUUUACUUGCGCAUGUCACAUCACUUUGACGUUCGUUCGUUGUGUGUUCGUGAUUGCUUUGUAUAAUACGUUGAGUUUUGAAUUCCGUAUUUACUUAGUUAUUAUUUACGAUACGUGCCUUUCUGCUACCACCGAGUUGAGCUAAUAAGUUCCUCGCGUACUUACUUUAUGUUUUGUGAGAUAAUUGACUCCUCUUUGUGAGAUAUUGACUCUAAGUGCUUGACUCUUGUUUGUGCUGUUCUUUGUGAGAUAAAGUGCUAUUCUUGGAGAACAAUUUGACUCUUAGUGAAAUCCUUGUGUGAUAUUGAACUCCCGAACUGUUUUUGUCAGAACUAUGUCUACCCCAGCCAGAAGUCGGGCACACCGCCUGUCUUACCGACGCUGUAUUAACUGUUCCCUUUUACUAGCGUCUAAUUUACGCCGGUAUACAGUUGAGGAGUUGAACGAGCAAAUGACAGUUCUUCUACGAACUUGGACAACGCCUACACCUGUAACGUCAGAUGAUAUCCUAUGUAUUGAAUGUUAUUUGCUGUUGCAAGAAAGGAUAUUGUCAAAUAUAACUGGAUCCCACGAGGAUAUAUCACCUGCAUAUGGUCACUUAAAUGUUUGUUAUGGAUGUGGUAUCUCUGUUGCAAGUCGGAGAACCCACAGAGUUGAGUUAGACUGUCCACAACGUAGCAUGAUUUUAAGAUGGACUUUAGCACAUCUGGUUCCACAUUUACAAAAAGUGUGCAUUCCUUGCUGGUUAGCAGCAACUCGGGAGACGAGACGUUUGGAGGUUCAAGAUUCAAACAGACCUGCAAGGGUCAUGGAUGCAGCUCUAUCUUCAUUAGAAGACCCCGAGAUACCUGAACCACCUCCAAUGCCAGCUCCAACAUCUCAACCACAACAAGCAUUACGAGUUCAAUCUAAGAUUAACUCACAAAAGUAUAAACGAGUUGCUGCAGCUUCUCGUCACUGUAUGUUUGUAGGCUGUGAUAAUGAUGAACGUCUUUUAGUACCUAUGACUAUAAAGGAACUGUUGUUAUUGCAGUACAAUAUAUAUAUACCUUUAAAUGCUAGAAUCUGUCAUCACCAUUUAUAUAGCAAUCAGUGGGAUGAACUGACUACCAACCUAAAUGACUUUACUAGCUUUCAAGUUGAUGAUAUAUUUUCCAUACUGGAAAGAGCUUCUCAAAGAAGUUUAGAUUUUAAUAAUAUUGCAGCAAUGGAUGCACAUUUACGCCAUUAUUGGCUGGGACUUACAGAGAUGCAGUUUAAUGAAAUAUUAAAUAGCCUUCCUACUUUACAUAAUAAGGUUAGAAAUCCUAGCCUUGCAUUAAGCACAUUUCUUGUUAAACUUAGGACAGGGGACAGCAACCAAAGACUGGCAACUCUUUUUCAAUUGCCACGAUCUACAUUAGAAAAAAAAAUGAACAUUGUUAGGGAAUGUUUAAAAGAACAUUUUGUACCAAUGCAUUUGGGAGUUAAUCACACUAAUAUACAAAAUGUGGCCUCACGUAACAGGACUAUUCCUGAAGGUCUAUUCGGAGACAGUAGCAUGGCUCCAGAUUCUAAACCUGCUAUUGUCAUAUGUGAUGGUACAUAUGUUUAUGUACAGAGUAGUAGUAACUACAAAUAUCAGAAACAGACAUAUAGUCUACACAAAUAUAAUAAUUUGGUUAAACCCUUUUUAAUCACAUGUUGUGAUGGAUAUAUUUUAGAGUGCAUUGGACCAUAUGAAGCAACAAAAAAUGACUCGACAAUCAUGAGUGAUCUAUUUCGUAAUGAAAGUGGUCCAAUGCGCUCAUUUUUUAGACAGGGGGAUGUCUUUAUAUUGGAUAGGGGAUUUAGAGACGUGAUCCCUGAACUCCAAAGCUAUAAUUAUAAAACAUACAUGCCUGAGUCAUUAUUGGAAGGUGAAUUUCAAUUGACCACUGACCAAGCAAACAAGUCUAGGUGUGUGACUAUGUGUAGAUGGGUAGUUGAAAUUGUAAAUGGUCGCAUCAAAAGAGACUACAAACUGUUUCGACAAGAAUAUUUUAACAGAGCAUCAACACACCUUAUGGAUGAUUUUAAAAUUGUUUGUGCCCUUUUGAAUAAAUUCCACCCAACAAUUGAAGAUAGACCUGACGCUGCAGAGUAUGUGCAAAUUGCUCAGGCGAGAUUAAACAGUAGUAAUUAUUUGGGGGAAUUUAUUCGAAGGGAUAACAUCAAUAGGAGACGUACGGUUUUCCAAAACAUAGACAGCAAUGCUCCCCAUUUAGAUCAUUUUCCAAGAUUAACUUUAGAUGAUUUAAGAAGAUUUGCAUUGGGAUCUUACCAAUUAAAACAGGCUAGAUCCUAUUAUGGGGAGCACAUAAGAAGUAAUGGUACUUAUAAUGUUGAAGUAAGCAAUGAUGUCUUGGAAGAGGAUUUGCCCUUAAUAUUGGGUCAAAAUAAUUAUUUAAUUAGGACUAGAAUUAAGUCCCGCCAUGUGAGCCAUAAAACAUAUUACUCUUAUUUGUUGAUAAGUAGAGAUGAAGAUCGGGCAAAUUCUUUAGAAAGUAUCAUUGCUUACUAUUGUAACUGUCUAGUGGGUAACCGUACGGUAGGGUGUUGUGCUCAUACUAUGACAGUAUUGUGGUAUUUAAGCUGGGGCCGCUUCAACAAUGUGAGUGCUCCAGCUCAAUCUUUGGACGAAAUAUUUUAUGAAGAAUAAAUAGUUUAUUCAUGUUU